AUGACUUUGCAGCCUCAGAACGAGUAUAUGGAGAGGUGGCGCAAGCUGCAUGGCCGCCGCCUGGAUCACGAAGAACGAACACGAAAGAGAGCCGCCCGUGAGGGCCACAAGGCUUCCCAGGAUGCACAGAAUUUGCGUGGCCUGCGGGCCAAGCUGCACCAGCAGAAGCGACACAAGGAGAAGAUCCAAAUGAAGAAGGCUAUCAAGGCACACGAGGAGAGAAAUGUCAAGACUGCCGACGAGAAGGAGCCCUCAACUCCCAUGCCCUCGUACCUACUUGACCGAACGAACCCAUCGACGGCCAAGGCCCUCAGCAGUGCCAUCAAGAACAAGCGAGCAGAAAAGGCGGCCAAGUUUAACGUCCCGCUGCCAAAGGUCCGCGGUAUCAGCGAGGAGGAAAUGUUCAAGGUGGUCAAGACGGGCAAGAAGAUCCAGAAGAAGGGCUGGAAGCGCAUGGUCACCAAACCUACGUUUGUCGGACAGGACUUCACGCGAAGAAACCCUAAAUACGAAAGGUUUAUUAGGCCUAUGGGGCUUCGAUACCGCAAAACUAACUGCACGCAGGCCGAGCUGGGUGUUACGGUGCAGUUGCCUAUCAUCGGCGUCAAGAAGAACCCUCAGAAUCCGAUGUAUACCCAGCUUGGUGUUUUGACAAAGGGUACCGUCAUCGAGGUCAACGUCAGCGAACUGGGCUUGGUGACUGCUGGCGGAAAGGUUGUGUGGGGUCGAUAUGCGCAAGUGACCAACAAUCCCGAAAACGAUGGCUGUGUCAACAGCGUGUUGCUCGUGUAA